GGAAUCGACUUCAUCAACUCCCAAGCUCCUGAGGGGGACGCCCAGAACGAGCAGACGUUCUGGAUUUUAUGCAACAUCCGUCACGACUCCGGGUCGCCGAUAUCGGGCUGGCCCGAGGCAAAGGUUCGGUUCAUGGCCCAGAACAAGAGCAAGGGCCUCGCAGGCGCGCAGCCGCAAACAAAGUUCCCUCUCACGCUCCUCAGCCUGAAGCCGAUCAUCCUGCCACUCCUCAUGACCCACGGCCUCAUGUUGCUGGGCAUGCCUGGCGUCGAGAAGACACCGUUCGUGAUUGCUCUGGCGUUAGCCAUUGGGCGGUAUCAC